AAGAGGUGGCAGCCGCAGCAGCAGCAGGAAGUGGGUGGAGUGAGGAGGAAGUUUUGCUAUUGCUAGAGGGGAUUGAGAUGUUUGGGGAUAGUUGGGAGAAGGUGGCUGGGCAUGUGAAGACGAAAGACCGGGCGCAAUGUCUGGCCUACUUUGUCCGCAUGCCCAUGGGUGACUCGUUUGAAUCGUUCAGUGCGCCUCCUGCUUCAGUCACACCUGUCCCAGAAGCUCCUUCCUCUGCCACAGCUGCUGCUGCUGCUGCUGCUGCUGCUGCUGCCCCUGAGAGGAGUGAGGGAGGUGAGAAGGGAGGGGAGGGGAGCGAUGGAGGCGGGGUGGGUGAAAAGAAGGGUGACGUGGAAAUGCAAGAUGCUGACGUGGGAGAAGAUACAGCAGCUGAAAAGGCAGAGGAGGCUGGUACAGAGGCCAAGGCCGUAGAGAAAGACCUGUCAAGAAGAGGCACGAAGAGAAAGGGAUCGGAUUCAGAGCAGCCUCCGAAGGUAACAGUAAUGGGUCUGGACGAGCCCAUUCCGUUUGGCGACAGUGGUAACCCUAUCAUGGCUCAGGUGGCGUUUAUAUCUGGUGUGGCUGGGCCUCGUGUGGCUGCUGCUGCUGCUCAGGCCGCUUUGGCCGCGCUUGUGUUUGAAGACCCGUCUGCCCUGGCUGAGUUGCAUCAGACUGCUGCUGAGGAAGAGGCGAGGGCAGUGGCAGCAGAGGAAGAGGCAAGGGCAGGGGCUGCAGAGCAAAAGGCAACAGACGCAGCAGCAGCAGCAGCAGCAGCAGAGCAUGAGGGUCACGUUAAAGGGGAUGAUGUUAAAGGGGGUGCUGUUAAAGGGGAGGAGAGUGUGAAAGGGGAUGCCGAAGCUACUGAGGAUAAGGGACAGGCACAAGUGGAGAGAGGAGGAGAGGAGAAAGAAGGACAGAAAGAGGUGGGGGCUGGGGAAGUGAGUAAGAAAGAAAGUGAUGGUGGUCAGGAUGGUACGGAUGAUAGGGAUGGUAGAGAUGGUGGGGAUGGUGGGGAUGGUGGUGCAACUGGCAUGGACGUUGAUUGUGGUAAGGAAGUGAGCAAGGGUGACGAGGAUGUGAAGGGAGGAGGCGAUGUUGAACGAGAGGAGAAGAGGAGUGAAGGCGCGGGUGUGAAGGCCGAACAGGAUGCAGAAAAGGCUAUGUCAAAGGAAGCAGGAGGAGCAGUGCCAGCGCCAGCACACACAGGAGCAACAGCAGCGGGAGGAGCAGCAGCAGCAGGGGGAGCAGCCGCAGCAGCAGCAGGGGAAGGGGACUCUAAGGCCCCUCAACGCCGCGUUCCCUCUCUGAGUGACGUGCCGUCAGCCCUGCGGAUCCGAGCGGCUGCAGCCACGGCCAUGGCUGCUGCAGCUGUGAAGGCAAGACUCAUGGCGGAGGAGGAGGAGCGCGAGAUGCGAGGAGUCAUGGCUGAGCUGGUGGCGAAACAGUGUCUGAAGCUGGAGAAGAAGAUGCUUCAGUUUGAGAGGCUGGAGCAGCUGAUGGCACGGGAGAGAGUGAGCAUCGACAGGCAGAGGGCAGCGCUGUUCGAAGAGAGGAUGAGGCUCGUCAGGGAGAGAGCUGCUAUUCGUAAUGCUGCUGCUGCUGGUAUUGGUGGUGGUGGUGGUGCCGCUGGUGGUGCUGGUGGCUUUGGUGGUUUUGCUGGUGGUGUUGCUGGUGGUGUGGCAACUGACGGUGCCGGUUAA